GUGGGGGGGAGAGAUGCCGAACAUGGCGGCGGCUGUCCUUCCUCGCGGAGGCGCUGGAGGUGCGUCAUAUUGUUAUAUAUUAUAACUGAGGGGGGGACUGGGGGUGCUGCUGGAGGGAGUUGUGGGGAGGGAUUAAAAAAAAAACCCUGUUAGGCAAACCGUUUCAAUGUAAGUUUUUUUUCUGCGUCUCGUCGUCAGUUUAUCCAGAUUUUCACGUUAUUAUUUUUAAAGACCUCUUGAAAAUUGGUCAGCAUUUUGGUGCAGAUUUCUCCUAAUGGACACGCAUUUGCAAAGGGUAUUUCCCCAAAUAUUUACAUUUCCCAUAAUUAAUGCAUUCUGUAUUUAAUUCCGCUAAAAUAAUGCAUUUAUAGGGCUUUCCCCCUUUGUAUGGGGUAGGACAUAUUUUCCCAAUGGAAGUGUAGCACCCUGCUUGUGGUUAACGCUUAGCUGGAAUGAAAUAUUCAAUGCAGCAAUAGAGAAAUUAAAAUAAUUAUUUGUCAGACAAAUAAAUGAGAGACACAGUGGUAUAUGGUUACCAAAGCUCUGCCCACUCCAGCCCUGAUGGCCAGCACUUAUAUUUCCUCAGCCCAGCCCCCUUGCUCCUCCUUUGGCUGCCUCUGUCCAAUCAGCCUGGUUGAAAUUCCUAUUGGCUGUUUGCUAGAACCAAUCAUAAAAGAUACACCCAUUUCCUAUUACCUUUUAUGGGAGACAAAGAGCUAUAUUUCCUUCUAUCCAUAAAUGGCAGACAAGUAGCCAUAUAUCUUAUAUUUGCCUCGACCAGGCACCUUAAUUACCAGAUAACCUUUGGCCCCUGCUGCCCUAUUACCCUAUUCACUCCAAAACAGAUGGCUCAUGGUAACAGAGAUCUUGGGUUUACCUUCUCACACACCAUCAAUGAAAUAAGAAUCUAACAUAAGAAUCUAACAUUUCUUACUUUCUAGAUCCUUUGCAUAAUUACAUUUAAGCCAAUAUAUUUCAUACAUAACAUAUAUAGAUUUUUAGAAGAAAAGGCCUUUUCAAAGUAAAAAGAACUUAGUAAAAACAGUUUCCAAAAACAACCCCUUUCAAGCCAGAUGCUGUUCCCAUUAGCUCUUGCCCUUUAACCUUAUGAAAAUAUGACUCAAGUCUAAUGGGAGGCACCUAGUAUUAUUUUCUGUUAAACAAUAAAUUUCACUAUUUACCAACUCUUAAUUAGUGUUUUUUGCAGCUUGAUUGUAUUCUGUAAUUUGUAUGGUCACUGUGACCUUUUGCUCCCAGCCUGUAAUUUCCUUUUACAACCCUGAGGCACUGCUAUAGAUCAGAGGGGCCAUGUUUAGGAAGAUAAACAUCUGCCAAAGCACCCAGCCAGCUGCUUUAUGCCUGGCAUAAAACAUACAAACAUUUGCAAAUAUAUUUUUUAAGCUCGUUUUAAAAUGCAGGCCUUGAUCUGAUGCCUCAGAAGGGCAGAUCUUUCUCCUGCUCUCCUCCCUGCAGGCCAACUUGGGCAGGUGGGGGACCUUCCUUGGGCUCCCCAUAGGGCUUGGGGUCAAGGCAAACCCUUAAGCAUUGAAAAACCUGCAGGGGCUCCCCCUGGAACUUGUAAUCAUUUUUAUCUGGCCUGAUUUUAUUAUAAUUUAUUAAAAUCGUAUACCUCCCUAUACCCACAGGCGUUAGGGCAGUUCACAGGAUAAAAUUGCAAUAUAAAAACCUCAAAGUACAUAAUCAAAACAUAAACAAAAUCAACCCAAUAACCCCCCCCCCCAGCAAACCACACACAUUUUAAAACAUUUGUGUUUAAAUUAAAUACAGCAGUUUCUGCAAGAGGAGUUCUGGGCAGAAGAGGUUAAAAAAAAAAGGAGAAACAAGCAACUUCAAGUCCACAUUAAAAUUACAAGCGUGGCUGAGGCCUUACUUAGACAGGCUAAUACUAUUACUAUUACUACUACUAAUACCCCUGAGCACCCUCUCCCACCAGUGUCUUGCCUCGGUAAUGGACUGGAUGAAAGCCAACAAAUUGAAGCUCAAUCCAGAUAAGAGUGAGGCUCAGUUAGUGGGUGGUUCCCUAGAGCAGAUGGCUGGAAGGUCGCCUGCUCUUGAUGGGGUUACACUUCCUCUGAAGGAGCAGGUUCGUAGCUUGGGGGUUCUCCUGGAUCCUUUGCUGUUGCUCGAGGCUCAGAUGGCCUGGAGUGCCAUCUACCGUUGUCUAUGCUCUGGGACCUUCAACGUUAGAUAUAGAUAUGCGUUAUACGUAGGGCUGCCUCUGAAGACAGUUUGGAAACUUCAGCUAGUGCAGAAUUCAGCGGCCAGGUUGCUCACCGGAGUAAGGCUCCUUCGACACGACAAGGCAGUGAUCCAUGAAGGGAUAUACACCUUUAAGUGCCAUGCAAACAUGUUCCUUUUUAACCAGGCUUUUGCUUGAUAUGUUUGACAUCCUAUAGUCUUUUUCAAACGUGACUCUUUUUGGGGGGGGGUAUUGGGUUGUUGUUUUUAUUCUGAUUAUAUAUGAUGUGAUCUUUUCUGCGAACCACGCCGAGUCCUCCAGGUUUAGGGCGGUAUAUAAACUCAAUAAAUAAUAAUACCAUAUUAAUACUUUCAUUAUUGGUACCCCACGGAUCUGACUGGGUUCCCCAGCCACUCUAGCUGGCUUCUAACAAAUAUAAAAGCAUAAUAAAACAUUUAAAACUUCCCUCUACAUGACUGCCUCCAGUUGUCUUCUAAAAGUUAUAUAGUUGUUUGUUUCCUUGACAUCUGACGGGAUAGCUUUCCACAGGGUGGGCCCCACUACCAAGAAGGCCCUCCGCCUCGUUCCCUGUAACUUCCCUUCUCACAGGGAGGGAACUGCCACAAGGCCCUGGGACCUGGAUCUCUGUGUCCUGACUGAAUGUUUGGGGUGAAGACGCUCCUUUAGCAUUUCAUCAGUUUGCCUUUUAUUCCAUCAGGAGAUGUUGAAGGGAUCCUGGUAGAAGGGGAACAUUCAGAAGUGUCACCAAAAGGAUCCAAAGAGGAGGAGGAGCAAAGGAUGCUGGGGGGUCAAGAUGGAGGCAGCAGGCAAGAGGGGAGACGAAGCAGAAGCCGGAGGGUGACUCUUGUAUGUCUCAGGGUGGUGAAAAUCAAAUUCCCAGAGAGGAGAAAAAGCAUGAAUGCACAGUGUGUGGAAAGAGAUUGGGUAGUCGCUCAGCUCUUACUUUACAUCAAAGAACUCAUACAGCGGAGAAACCAUAUACAUGUUCAGAGUGUGGAAAGAGCUUCAGUCAAUGUGGUAACCUUACAUUGCAUCGAAGAACUCAUACAGGGGAGAAACCAUAUACAUGUUCAGAGUGUGGAAGGAGCUUCAGUCAAUGUGGUAACCUUACAUUGCAUCAAAGAACUCAUACAGGGGAGAAACCGUAUACAUGUUUAGAGUGUGGAAAGAGCUUCAGUGAACGUGGCCAUCUUACUAGGCAUCAAAGAACUCAUACAGGGGAGAAACCGUAUAAAUGCUUGGAGUGUGGAAAGAGCUUCAGUCACAGUAGUACCUUUAUCUUGCAUCAAAGAACUCAUACAGGAGAGAAACCGUAUAAAUGUUUAGAGUGUGGAAAGAGCUUCAUUGAACGUGGCCAUCUUACUAGGCAUCAAAGAUCUCAUACAGGGGAGAAACCUUAUAAAUGUUUGGAGUGUGGCAAGAGCUUCUGUCGCGGUAGCCAACUCAGGGUGCAUCAAAGAACUCAUACCGGGGAGAAACCGUAUACUUGUUCAGAGUGUGGAAAGAGCUUCAGUCAAUGUGGUCAGCUUACCUCGCAUCAAAUAACUCAUACAGAGGAGAAACCGCAUACGUGUUUGGAGUGUGGAAUGAGCUUCGCUCGCAGGAAUGCGCUUGCUAGACAUCAACAAACUCAUCGAGGCAGCAAACCUUGUAAAUGCUGGGAAUGUGGCAAGAGCUUCAGUCGCAUCGACUCCCUUUCCUCACAUGAAAGAAUUCAUACAGGGGAGAAACGAUAUACAUGUCUGGAGUGUGGAAAGAGCUUCAGCUAUAGUUCCAGCCUUACCUUGCAUCAAAGAUUGCACACGGGAGAGAAACCUUAUAAAUGUUUGGAGUGUGGCAAGAGCUUCUGUCGCGGUACCCAACUCAGGUUGCAUCAAAGAACUCAUACAGGGGAGAAACCGUAUACAUGUUUAGAGUGUGGAAAGAGCUUCAGUGAACGUGGCCAUCUUACUAAGCAUCAAAGAACUCAUACAGGGGAGAAACCGUAUACAUGUUCGGAGUGUGGAAGGAGCUUCAGUCACAGUAGUACCUUUAUCUUGCAUCAAAGAACUCAUACAGGGAGGAAAUCUUAGAAAUGUUUGGUGUAUGGAAAGAACUUCAGUGACAGGGGCUCCCUUCCUAAACAAUAAAGAACUCGUACAAGAGAAACAUCUUAGAAAGGGUUGGCGUGUGGGAAGAUCUUUAAUCAUAUCAAAUAAUUCCUACAGAGAGUAAAUCAAUGAUCGUGUUCUGGUCCCCCCAGGACAGCCAUUAUUGGAUUGGAAGAACUUUCUGACAGUAAGAGCUGUUUUGACAAUGGAACAGUCCCCCUCGGGAGGUGGCGGGCUCUCCUUCCUUGGAGGAUUUUAAGCAGAGGUGGGAUGGGCUUCUGCUAUGGAUGCUUUAGCCGAGAUUACUUCAUUGCUGGGGGUUGGACUAGAUGACCCUUUUGUUGUUUAGUCGUUUAUUCCUGUCUGACUCUUCGUGACCCCAUGGACCAGAGCACGCCAGACACUCCUGUCUUCCACCACCUCCCGCAGUUUGGUCAGGCUCAUGUUUGUAGCUUCGAGAACACUGUCCAACCAUCUUGUCCUCUGUUGUCCCCUUCUCCUUGUGGAUUGGAAGAACUUUCUGACAGUAAGAGCUGUUUUGACAAUGGAACAGUCCCCCUCGGGAGGUGGCGGGCUCUCCUUCCUUGGAAGAUUUUAAGCAGAGGUUAAAAUCUUUCCCAACAUCAGGGUCUUUUUCAGGGAGUCUUCUCAUGAGGUGGCCAAAGUAUUGGAGCCUCAGCUUCAGGAUCUGUCCUUCCAGUGAGCACUCAGGGCUGAUUUCCUUAAGAAUGGAGAGGUUUGAUCUUCUUGCAGUCCAUGGGACUCUCAAGAGUCUCCUCCAGCACCAUAAUUCAAAAGCAUCAAUUCUUCGGCGAUCAGCCUAGAUGACCCUUGGGGUCCCUUAUAACUACAGUUCUAUGAUUCUAUAUACAUCAUCUGCUAGACAGCUGUUGUCACAAGCUUGGCAAAUCCAGAGAUAUACUUGAUCAUCAGAUAAUGCCAAUAUUAUUCACUUGGACUGUGCUGUUUGAAUCCAUGUACAAUUCUAGGUGCCUAUUCUAUAGUUUUGCUUUUCAUAUCCUAAUUUUCAUCUGCUGUUACUUGUAGCGUUCCCAAAGCAAGGAAGGAUUCAGAAGAUCAGUAAAGGAAGGAAGGAAGGGUAGUAUUCACCAUCUCUUUGUGAACUCUCUUCCUGAACUCUCUUCCUGGCCCUAAGAUCUAUCUAAAGAUUAACAAACUACAUCAAAGUAACCUAUUAAUUUUAUGGCCUAGGAUGCCUGGUGCGGCAACUGGUCUGUGUCCUAGAAUGCUUAUGCGUGCUUGUCAGACAUAGAAAAAUGGGCAGUAGAGAAAAAUGGCGUAGAUGCAGAGGCUUGUGGGAUUUGAUCAGAAAUUUUUGGCAAUGAAUCAAACCCAGUCAACGCAAUGCUUUCAUCGCGGACACAAUGGCUUGAUGCAUAUUUUAUCAUUCCUCAUAAUAAUCCCGUCUGAUCACUACAGUUAUAGCUGCUAUCUCUGUUUCAUGUGCAUCAUAAAAUGAAACAGAAAAAGCUUUACGAAAAUAAAAUCUUUAUGAAUUUUUUUUUUAAAAAACCCUCAUGAGUCCCACCUACACUGGAAAAAAAUUGUGGGAUCUGCUCACAUCCCUCAUGGUUAGCUUACUGCAAUGCAUCGUACAAACAGAUAUCGUAGAAGGUUGGGCCACAGGCUGUAGCUGGUGCAGAACGCAAUAGCCAGGUGGCUUGUGUGAGCAAGGUUAAAAAAGGUAAAGGAUCCCUGGACAGUUAAGUCCAGUCAAAGGCAGCUAUGGGGUUGCAGCGCUCAUCUUGCUUUCAGGCCGAGGCAGCUGGCGUUUGUCCACAGACAGCUUUCUGGGUCAUGUGGCUAGCAGGACUAAACCACUUCUGGCGCAAUGGAACACCGUGACGGAAACCAGAACUCACGAAAACACCGUUUGCCUUCCUGCCACAGUGGUACCUAUUUACCUACUAGCGCCGGUGUGCUUUCGAACUGCUAGGUUGGCAGGAGCUGGGGCAGAGCAGCAGGAGCUCACUCCGUCGCACAGAUUCGAACCGCCAACCUUGCCAUCAGCAAGCCCAAGAGGCUCAGUGGUUUAGACCACAGUGCCAUCCACGUCAGGCUUGUGGGAGGAAACUACUGCCAGCAUAGAACAGCCUGCUAGUAGGAUUGGCACUUGCUACCAAUCUGCUACUGGGCUGAGUUCAAGGAGUUUGUACUAACGUGCAAGUCCCUGUUCUGCUCAGUCCCAGAUAUACAGCAGAGAUUCUCCUGCAAGUUCCAAAGAUCUCCAAAGCACACACCCAGAAUGGGGCUUUUAGUGUCACUGUUUGUGUUCUGUGGAAUGGCAUCCCUUUUGGGGGGGGGGGAGGGAAUUGGGACCUUUUUCAGCUGGAUAAAUAAAUUUUAAUAAUGGGUGUCCACUUGUUACGGUUUUAGUCUUAUUUUUAUUUGUUGCCUUUGUGUAUAUAACUGCUUUUUAAAACAUUUUUUAUAUAAAUUGCCUUGAGACGGUGGUUUAGAAGGCAAUCAAUUAUUUUGUAAAAAUAUUUUUAAAAUACUUUUCACAUUUAUGCAUUUCACUUAUUUUACAAUCAUUUUGACAUUUCAAGGUUUGACUUCCUUCCUCCUCUUUCUGUGGUUCGUUAAAUUUAUUUUUAAUAUCUUCUGCAUAUCCAAAUUAACUUAAUUUGCUCAUUUAUUCAUCUUUUUUAAAUAUAUACUGGUAUGAAACUGCAGGUUAUUACAAUAAUCCUACCAAUGUUUUUAUCUGUUUACAAUUUAUCUGUAAAUAUUCAAUAAACCAUUUCCAUUCUUUUAUUUUUAAAAAUGUUAUCUUGAUUCCUUAUUCUUCUGGUAAGUUUCGCCAUAGAAGGCAACCAUAUUUAAGGCAAUCAAUAAAUUAUUGUUACAAAUAAUAUGAUAAUAAUUUUUACUUUUUCUACUGGCAUCUGACCAGGGUUAAUCCUUCUGUGGAAUUUUGUUAAAUGGGAAAACGGUAGAUAAACAGAAGCAGAGUUAUAGAAAGAGAUAUACAGAAGAUGUACACAAAUAGAUAAAUCUCGCUGGACCAAAAGAAUAAGAAUUUUGAUGCUGACACACAGUCGUUAAACCCGUUGAGUAUUGCCAAUUAAUUUACUUGCAUUUCUGAAAAUAUAUUAUCAUCAAGCAGAGUAAAAGGGAACCUUACCGAGAGAGGACACGAUCCUGCAAAUCUCCUUCAUAAUUUGGCUGUGCAGGGCUCUCUGGUCAGGACCCAGCAGAGCCCAUUCCUCUUCAGUGAAACUGAGUCCUGAGAGAGAGAGAAGGCAGGUGGGGAAAAUGCUUCCUUGCAAAUAUCAAAAUAGACUGGCCUACAAGCAAAAUCCCAAAGCCUUGUUAAGGGGAGGUGAAUGGGCAUUACCCUCAGAAUUAAUAUACAUUGGUACCUUGGUUCUCAAACUUAAUCCAUUCCGGAGGUCUGUUCCCAAACCAAAGCAUUCCAAAACCAAGGCGCGCUUUCCCAUAGAAAGUAAUGCAAAAUGGAUUAAUCCCUCCCAGACUUCUGAAAACAACCCCUAAAACAGCAAUUAAACAUGAAUUUUACUAUCUAACAAUACCACUGAUCCAUAAAAUGAAAGCAAUAAACAAUGUACUGCAACCACACAAUCAGUCAAUCAGUAGCUGAACUGGGUUCCACACAGUCACAAAAAAAGGCACAAAAAUGCAAAAUAAAUAGCAAACACAGACAGACCUCAGCGUAACACUCAAAACAGAAGCAUAACACUCAAAAUUGAAUCAAGGCACUCAAAACGGAGCACAUCCGGCUUCCCAAAAAGUUUGCAAACUGGAACCCUUACUUCCGGGUUUGCGGUGUUUGGGUUCCAAGUUGUUGGAGUACCAAGGCGUUUGAGAACCAAGGUACCACUGUAGAGGCUGGAGAAGCUUUUUCCCCCACCUGGGAGCCUCUUUCCAUUCAAGACAAUAUUCGGGGCGGAUCCAGAGGCAAAAUUUUCUACCUCCCUCCAAGGAAACAACAGGCAAGAUCAAGGGCCAGAGAGAGGCUUGGAGGGCCGCAGUUAGCGCCCCCUACCAUGAGGCCUGAGGUUCCGCACUCCUGAUUCAAAUCUUCAAGAGUGGCGUUGACAGCCUUCCUAGUGGGUAGCAAGAUAGCGGUACCGGCAGGGUCCCCGGUGCUGAUUCCCUCUACCUGAUUUGGUGACCCAGAAAGAGCUUGUCCUCCAUCCCCAAGGAGAGAUGGCUGAGUACGAAUCGUCAGCACGGUUUCAUCACCUGCGAGAGACAAAGAGGUCAGGAAUGUUGGAAGGUCAACAACAGGAAUCAUGCAGUUUAUCAGCUAAGGGUUAAAUCUGGUGGUGUUUAAAGAGAGCUGGCCAAGAGGGGUGGGCGGAGCUGCUGCUUAGCAACCAAGCAGAGCGGCAUGACCUUCACUGAGGAAACAUGCUCGGAUUGGCUGGGUGGUUCUGAGGGAGCUUUCCUCUGCUAUGUUUGGAUGAACGUCUCCCUGCUUUUGCUUGUUUUUUUCAGGAAAGUGAUAUCGGCUCUUUUCACAGUAGCACAUGCUUGUCACGUAGACAAGAAGUUUGGGAUCAGUUUAGCACAAGGGUCAGCAAUCUUUUUCAGCCAUGGGCCGGUCCACCAUUCCUCAGAUCAUGUGGUGGGCCGGACUAUUUUUUUUGGGGGGGUGGGUAAUGAAUGAAUUCUUAUGCCCCACAAAUAGCCCAGAGAUGCAUUUUAAAUAAAAGCACACAUUCUGCUCAUGUAAAAACACCAGGCAGGCCGCAGAAAUAACCCAGAGAUGCAUUUAAAAUAAAAGGACACAUUCUUUUUAAAAUUAAUAUUCUUGAUUGAUUUAAAAAAUUUACAUGUCUGUACAAACAUUAUGUACUAUCUCUUAACAGGUAAAGAAAGAAAAUUAUAUAAAAUAGAACAUUUAUAAAAGAAAGAAAAAUAAAGAAGUAGCAAAGAUAAGAAACAAAGAAAUAAUAAUAAUAAUAAAAGACAAAGUCCUGGAGUGUCCGCGGGCCGGAUUGAGAAGGCGAUUGGGCCGCAUCUGGCCCCCGGGCCUUAGGUUGCCUACCCCUGGUUUAGCAGAUGGAUGGCCUUAUUUCAUAUGUCCCCUUGGAUCCUGCAAGCUGAGGGACUGGCACUCAGACAAGUGCCACAUCAUGCUCAUCCUGAACCUGCAAGGAGCCAUUCUUCUGGUCGAAGGUGCCCCAUCUAUGCUUACUCUGUAAGGCGGUUUCUCCGUCACCCUCCUGUUUGAUAGGCCACCACAAGGAACGUUUCCUUGGCCUCAGAGAAAUCUCCUCCUGCCUCUGAAGUUCGUUCCUUUACCUGAAACAGCAAUGAGGACUAGGAUCAAAAAUAAAAUUAUAAGAGGGAAAACACUUUUGGGGGAGAGUUGAGACAUUCUAGAAGACUUUGGGCAAUUAGUGAAACGUUUUAGGGUAUCUCCCCCUCACUUUACCAGCUGCUGGGAAAUAUCUCAGGUGAGGAUGUAUUUUAAUUGAUUGUCUGAUUUUAUGUUAAUGUGUUAUACAUUUGAUGUUAGCCGCUCUGAGCCCGGCUUCGGCUCUGGAGGGCGGGAUAUAAAUAAAAUUUAUUAUUAUUAUUAUUAUUAUUAUUAUUAUUAUUAUUAUUAUGUCAGUGAAACUGUCUCUCACCUGCUGCUCCUGAAGCUUUUUAAUGUUUAAUAGGUUAUUGUAUUUUAAUAUUCUGUUGGAAGCCGCCCAGAGUGGCUGGGGAAACCCAGCCAGAUGGGUGGGGUAUAAAUAAUAAAUUAUUAUUAUUAUUAUUAUAAUAAUAAUAAUAAUUUUUCUGUUGGGAACCGCCCAGAGUGGCUGGGGAAAUCCCACCAGAUGGGAGGGGUAUAUAUUAUUAUUAUUAUUAUUAUUAUUAUUACUUGGGAGGAAGCUCCUUUCAGCCAGGCUCCUCUUUGUUUUUUUAGCUCUGUCUGCUUCCUCACCCGCCCUCUCCAAAUGCGUGAAGGCAGCAAGGAGAGGGAGCCAAGCUGCUAGCCCCUCUGUCAUUAGGGAAAUUGGGAUAAGGAGACAGAGAGUACUGACAAGGGAGAGCAGUGAGGUCCACUGAUGCCAUCUAGCCUUCCCCCCAACCACAAAUUAUAUUAUUAUUAUUAUUAUUAUUAUUAUCAUUAUUAAUUUCUAUACCGCUUGAUAUUUUUUUUAAAAAUCUCAAAGCAGUUUACUGCAUAUUUAACAUCAAUAAAACAAUCUAGAAUCAAACAUUUCUGAAGAAUGUCAAAUAUAAAGUAUACAGUCAAAGCAACAUAUUUAACAGGAAACUAAAAUAUUAUCUUAAAAUAUUUCAAAAUAAAACAUUACAAAGGAGGUUGACUACAGAAUACAUAUUUAACACAAAGUUAACAAAACAAAACAAACUUGAACAUUUCAAAAGAAAACAUUGCUAAGUGAAGCCAACUAUAAAAUGCACAUUGAAAACAGCAUAGUUUACAAGCCGGUUGACUGACUGAACCCAAAGAGUACUCCUUAAUGGUUCCUCAAAUCCUCUAUUACAGCAGUCCAUUGCUGCCUCUUGUGGCAGUGAGUUCCAUAGCUUAAUUCCUCACUGUGCGAAGGGUUUCUUUUAUAUAUCCUGGCUCUUCCACCAUUCAGCUUCCUUUGACGCCCGCGAAUUCUAGCGCUAGGAGAAAUAAAAAGCUUUUCUACCUACUUUCUCCACACAAUGCACAAUUUUAUAAUCGUGUCACUUCUUACUUGCUUUUUUUCUAAACUAAAAAGUUCCCAAUUCCGCGACCUUUCUCCACAGUGGAGUUCCUCCAUCCCCUCGAUAAUUUGGGCUGCCCUUUUCUGAAGGUGGGGUUGGGACCACUGGGUGCAAAGUACAACUUCUGGAAAAUCUCAUUUAUCCCUUCUUUGGGGGGAGGGAAGUUUCCAGCCCCGAAGAGCAGAGCAGACACUUCAACGUGGAUGUGAAGUCUCUGAAAACAGAGAGGAAGGUGACCAGGGGUCAGAGAGCGGGGCUUGUCCCUCCCCAGGACUUGGAAAACAUGGUAAAUUGGCGGCAGCAGAGCUCCACGACUCUCGUGAGAUGCACAACCAAAAUAAAUGGUACAUAAAGUGCUUUUAAAAUGAAGAAGCACACCUUUUUAUGGUCCACAAUUCUUUUGUUUUGCUGUGGAGAACAACCAGGCCUGCAUGUCUCCUGCAAAGGCCUCACUAAGCAGGGCCUACUAAUCAUCAUGGAACAUCUUCUCCCCAGGGACUGAUACUGAUUUUUUGUUUCGUUUUGUUUUUUCAAAGGAAGAACAGAAAAAGAUAACAAAUGCAGAAUUGUUCUUUUAUUGUUUAUAAGGUGUGAAAUAUACUUGGAGUCGAGAGUGGAUUUCAUGCUCUUUAUUCAGCUCAUAGUGGUGAGGAGGAACGAAUGUUCCCCCACAGUAUCUACUUUAUAUACAUUAUUUACACAAUGGGCCCCAUGUUAUUGGCCAAUGGAUACAGUUAAACAAUAGUGAAGUAUCAGAUCUGGAAGGACGUGGUAAUAGAUUUGGUUAGCAUUCUGAAUUUUGGUAUGAGAAAACAAAGGUGCACAAGGAAUUCCUGAAUCACAUUAUAAGGAAAUCAAUUUACCAAGUAUGGGACAAAUAUAAGAAUUUAUUAGAGAACAAGACACCUUUGUGGCUUUCCCCAUUAGAAACCAUAUCUGUAAAAAGAGGUAAACACGAAACUGGGCAACAUACAAAGAUCUGUUAACAGAAGUAGAAAACAAAUUAAAGGUGAAAAAAUAUGAGGAUAUAAAAGCUCUGUUAACAGGUUGGUUACAAUAUUGCCAAAUAAAUGACAUAUUCAGAGGUGACAAAGAGAAGGACUUUGGGAAGGAAUUCUCAAAGUUCAAAAAUGAAUUAUUAGAAAAUAAUGAGAAAUUGUUAUCAAGAAUGUGCAAACCACUGUUGGAAUGGGAGACGAAAGAUGAAGAGGUUAAAGCUGUAAUGAUACACUUGGGCAAAAGACAUAGGUUAUAAUAUACCACUUGAAUCAUAGGAAAAGCUUGUGGAAAGAGAUUUUAAAAUUCACGGCAUGUAGUUCAUUAAAAGAAAAUUAUAUGAAGAUGAUGUACUGAUGGUAUUUGACUCCAGUAAAGCUUGCUGAAAUGUAUAAAGAUAUCUCUAAUUUAUGCUGGAAAUGUAAGGAUAAGGAAGGAACUAUUUUUUCAUAUGUGGUGGACGUGUAAAAAAGUAAAGGGCUUCUGGGAAAUGAUACACCAUGAACUUUUUAAAAUUCUUAAAAUUACGUUUGUUAAAAAAAACCAGAGGCUUUUUUACUAGGAGUAAUAGGAGGAGAAUUGCCAAGGAAGCAAGAGACUGUUUAUUUAUGCGACUACAGCAGCCAGAAUGCUACUAGCCCAGAUGUGGAAAGAAGAAAAGGUCCCAAAGAAAGAAGAAUGGAUAACUAGAUGACUGGCUAAGAAAUAUAAUUAUAUGCAGGGAGAAUAAAGGGGGGGAAUGGAAACCAGGAGGGCAAGGGGAAAAGCCAUUUAUUGCAAAUUUGGAUUGGAUAUCUAUGUACCAAAAGGAAAAAUGUUAUUUUGAAAAUUGAAAAUAAUAUAAAUAUAUAUUUUUAAAAAUAGUUUAGAAAACGUUUUGGGGCGCCCGUGCAGGUGAUCCAGCGGGGCUUUCCGGAGGCGAGACCAGCGCCUCUCCUCGCUCUCUGCCCGGAGAAUCCCAGAGGCUCCUGCCGCUCGGCUCCGAAACGGUUAACAGCAGAGACGACAGAGCUGAGAUUCCUAGAGCGGAGGAAAAAGGCUGUCGGGAGAAUAGCAGUUUCCGCUUCCUGUCCCGCUUUGGGGGGGGGGGAGAUGCCGAACAUGGCGGUGGCUGUCUUUCCUCGCGGAGGCGCUGCAGGUGGGUCAUAUUGUUAUAUAUUAUAACUGGGGGGGUGGAGUGGGGGUGCUGCUGGAGGGAGUUGUGGGGAGGGAUUUAAAAAAAAAACCCCAUUAGGCAAACCGUUUCAAUGUAAGUUUUUUUCUGUGUCUCCUUUUUCUAGUCGUCAGUUUAUCCAGAUUUAAACAUUUUUAAAGAUCACUUGAAAAUUGGUCAGCAUUUUGGUGCAGAUUUCUCCUAAUGGACACGCUUUUGCAAAGGGUAUUUCCCCAAAUAUUUACAUUUACCAUAAUUAAUGCAUUCUGUAUAUAAUUCCGCUAAAAUAAUGCAUUUAUAGGGCUUUCCCCCUUUGUAUGGGGGUAGGACAUCUUUUCCCAAUGGAGGGGCAGAUCUUUCUCCUGCUCUUCUCCCUGCAGGUGGGGGACCUUCCUUGAUCUCUCCAUAGGGCUUGGGGUCAAGGCAAACCCUUAAGCAUUGGGAAACCUUUUUCAGGGGCUUCCCCCUUGAACUUGUAAUAAUUUUUGUCUGGCCUGAUUUUACUAUAAUUUAUUAAAAUUAUGUGCCUCCCUAUACCCACAGGCCUUAGGGCAGUUCACAGGAUAAAAUUGCAAUAUAAAAACUCAAAAGUACAUAAUCAAAACAUAAACAAAAUCAACCCAAUAACGCCCCCCCAAACCACACACAUUUUAAUACAUUUGUAUUUAAUUUAAAUAGCAGUUUCUGCAAGGAGUUCUGGGCAGAAGAGGUUAAAAAAAGGAGAAACAAGCAACUUCAAGUCCACAUUAAAAUUACAAGCGUGGCUGAGGCCUUACUUAGACAGGCUAAUACUAUUACUAUUACUACUACUAAUACCCCUGAGCACCCUCUCCCACCAGUGUCUUGCCUCGGUAAUGGACUGGAUGAAAGCCAACAAAUUGAAGCUCAGUCCAGAUAAGAGUGAGGCUCAGUUAGUGGGUGGUUCCCUAGAGCAGAUGGCUGGAAGGUCACAUGCUCUUGAUGGGGUUACACUUCCUCUGGAGGAGCAGGUUCAUAGCUUGGGGGUUCUCCUGGUUCCUUUGCUAUCACUCGAGGCUCAGAUGGCCUGGAGUGCCUUCCAUCAGCUUUGGCUGGUGGCCCAGCUACACCCCUACCUGGCCAGGGAUAGCCUAUCUACCGUUGUCUAUGCUCUGGUAACUUCAAGGUUAGAUAUAGAUAUGUGUUAUACGUAGGGCUGCCUCUGCAGACAGUUUGGAAACUUCAGCUAGUGCAGAAUUCAGCGGCCAGGUUGCUCACCGGAGUAAGGCGGGUGAGCAUAUUACCCCCAUCCUAGUCCGACUGCACUGGCUACCAGUUAGUUUCCAGGCCUAAUUCAAGGUGCUCAUAUUGACCUAUAAAGCCUUACAUGGCUCAGGAUCACAAUACUUCAAGGGCUGCUUCUUUCCAUAUGAACCUAGCCUGAUCCUGAGGUCCUCCUUCGUGGGCCUCCUCCUCAAGUGGUCUGGAGGGUGGCUGCGCGUCUGUGGAAUGCUCUCCCCAGGGAAGUUCACCUGGCGCCUUCCUUAUACACCUUUGUUGUUGAUUAGUCAUCUUAGUUGUGUCCAACUCUCCGUGACCCCAUGAAUUGGAGCAUGCCUUGGAAACUCGCUUUCCUCUCAAAGCUUCUCCUGUUUUAUGUCCAUGGAGCUUUCAUGGCAUAAUACUGGAGUGGGUUGCCAGUUUCUUCUCCAGGUGGAUCACAUUUAGUCUAAACUCUUGGGUGGACCUGCAUGGCAUAGGUCAUAGCUUCUCUGACUUAUUCAAGCUCCUUCGCCACGACAAGGCAGUGAUCCAUGAAGGGAUAUACACCUUUAAGUGCCAUGCAAACAUGUUCCUUUUUAACCAGGCUUUUGCUUGAUAUGUUUGACAUCCUAUAGUCUUUUUCAAACGUGACUCUUUUUGGGGGGUAUUGGGUUGUUGUUUUUAUUCUGAUUAUAUAUGAUGUGAUCUUUUCUGCGAACCACGCCGAGUCCUCCGGGUUUAGGGCGGUAUAUAAACUCAAUAAAUAAUAAUACCAUAUUAAUACUUUCAUUAUUGGUACCCCACGGAUCUGACUGGGUUCCCCAGCCACUCUAGCUGGCUUCUAACAAAUAUAAAAGCAUAAUAAAACAUUUAAAACUUCCCUCUACAUGACUGCCUCCAGUUGUCUUCUAAAAGUUAUAUAGUUGUUUGUUUCCUUGACAUCUGACGGGAUAGCUUUCCACAGGGUGGGCCCCACUACCAAGAAGGCCCUCCGCCUCGUUCCCUGUAACUUCCCUUCUCACAGGGAGGGAACUGCCACAAGGCCCUGGGACCUGGAUCUCUGUGUCCUGACUGAAUGUUUGGGGUGAAGACGCUCCUUUAGCAUUUCAUCAGUUUGCCUUUUUAUUCCAUCAGGAGAUGUUGAAGGGAUCCUGGUAGAAGGGGAACAUUCAGAAGUGUCACCAAAAGGAUCCAAAGAGGAGGAGGAGCAAAGGACGCUGGGGGGUCAAGAUGGAGGCAGCAGGCAAGAGGGGAGACGAAAGCAGAAGCCGGAGGGUGACUCUUGUAUGUCUCAGGGUGGUGAAAAUCAAAUUCCCAGAGAGGAGAAAAAGCAUGAAUGCACAGUGUGUGGAAAGAGAUUGGGUAGUCGCUCAGCUCUUACUUUACAUCAAAGAACUCAUACAGGGGAGAAACCAUAUACAUGUUCAGAGUGUGGAAAGAGCUUCAGUCAAUGUGGUCAGCUUACAUUGCAUCAAAGAACUCAUACAGGGGAGAAACCAUAUACAUGUUCAGAGUGUGGAAGGAGCUUCAGUCGAUAUGGUAACCUUACCUCGCAUCAAAGAACUCAUACAGGGGAGAAACCGUAUACAUGUUUAGAGUGUGGAAAGAGCUUCAGUGAACGUGGCCAUCUUACUAGGCAUCAAAGAACUCAUACAGGGGAGAAACCGUAUAAAUGCUUGGAGUGUGGAAAGAGCUUCAGUCACAGUAGUACCUUUAUCUUGCAUCAAAGAACUCAUACAGGAGAGAAACCGUAUAAAUGUUUAGAGUGUGGAAAGAGCUUCAGUGAACGUGGCCAUCUUACUAGGCAUCAAAGAUCUCAUACAGGGGAGAAACCUUAUAAAUGUUUGGAGUGUGGCAAGAGCUUCUGUCGCGGUAGCCAACUCAGGUUGCAUCAAAGAACUCAUACAGGGGAGAAACCGUAUACUUGUUCAGAGUGUGGAAAGAGCUUCAGUCGAUGUGGUCAGCUUACCUCGCAUCAAAUAACUCAUACAGAGGAGAAACCGCAUACGUGUUUGGAGUGUGGAAUGAGCUUCGCUCGCAGCAAUGCGCUUGCUAGACAUCAACAAACUCAUCGAGGCAGCAAACCUUGUAAAUGCUGGGAAUGUGGCAAGAGCUUCAGUCGCAUCGACUACCUUUCCUCGCAUGAAAGAAUUCAUACAGGGGAGAAACGAUAUACAUGUCUGGAGUGUGGAAAGAGCUUCAGCCAUAGUUCCAGCCUUACCUUGCAUCAAAGAUUGCACACGGGAGAGAAACCUUAUAAAUGUUUGGAGUGUGGGAAGAGCUUCUGUCACGGUAGCCAACUCAGGUGGCAUCAAAGAACUCAUACAGGGGAGAAACCGUAUACAUGUUCAGAGUGUGGAAAGAGCUUCAGUGAACGUGGCCAUCUUACUAGGCAUCAAAGAACUCAUACAGGGGAGAAACCGUAUAAAUGCUUGGAGUGUGGAAAGGGCUUCAGUCACAGUAGUACCUUUAUCUUGCAUCAAAGAACUCAUACAGGGAGGAAAUCUUAGAAAUGUUUGGUGUAUGGAAAGAACUUCAGUGACAGGGGCUCCCUUCCUAAACAAUAAAGAACUCGUACAAGGGAAACAUCUUAGAAAGGGUUGGCGUGUGGGAAGAUCUUUAAUCAUAUCAAAUAAUUCCUACAGAGAGUAAAUCAAUGAUCGUGUUCUGGUCCCCCCAGGACAGCCAUUAUUGGAUUGGAAGAACUUUCUGACAGUAAGAGCUGUUUUGACAAUGGAACAGUCCCCUCGGGAGGUGGCGGGCUCUCCUUCCUUGGAGGAUUUUAAGCAGAGGUGGGAUGGGCUUCUGCUAUGGAUGCUUUAGCCGAGAUUACUUCAUUGCUGGGGGUUGGACUAGAUGACCCUUUUGUUGUUUAGUCGUUUAUUCCUGUCUGACUCUUCGUGACCCCAUGGACCAGAGCACGCCAGACACUCCUGUCUUCCACCACCUCCCGCAGUUUGGUCAGGCUCAUGUUUGUAGCUUCGAGAACACUGUCCAACCAUCUUGUCCUCUGUUGUCCCCUUCUCCUUGUGGGUUGGAAGAACUUUCUGACAGAAAGAGCUGUUUUGACAAUGGAACAGUCCCCCUCGGGAGGUGGCGGGCUCUCCUUCCUUGGAAGAUUUUAAGCAGAGGUUAAAAUCUUUCCCAACAUCAGGGUCUUUUUCAGGGAGUCUUCUCAUGAGGUGGCCAAAGUAUUGGAGCCUCAGCUUCAGGAUCUGUCCUUCCAGUGAGCACUCAGGGCUGAUUUCCUUAAGAAUGGAGAGGUUUGAUCUUCUUGCAGUCCAUGGGACUCUCAAGAGUCUCCUCCAGCACCAUAAUUCAAAAGCAUCAAUUCUUCGGCGAUCAGCCUAGAUGACCCUUGGGGUCCCUUAUAACUACAGUUCUAUGAUUCUAUAUACAUCAUCUGCUAGACAGCUGUUGUCACAAGCUUGGCAAAUCCAGAGAUAUACUUGAUCAUCAGAUAAUGCCAAUAUUAUUCACUUGGACUGUGCUGUUUGAAUCCAUGUACAAUUCUAGGUGCCUAUUCUAUAGUUUUGCUUUUCAUAUCCUAAUUUUCAUCUGCUGUUACUUGUAGCGUUCCCAAAGCAAGGAAGGAUUCAGAAGAUCAGUAAAGGAAGGAAGGAAGGGUAGUAUUCACCAUCUCUUUGUGAACUCUCUUCCUGAACUCUCUUCCUGGCCCUAAGAUCUAUCUAAAGAUUAACAAACUACAUCAAAGUAACCUAUUAAUUUUAUGGCCUAGGAUGCCUGGUGCGGCAACUGGUCUGUGUCCUAGAAUGCUUAUAGGUGCUUGUCAGACAUAGAGAAAUGGGCAGUAGAGAAAAAUGGCGUAGAUGCAGAGGCUUGUGGGAUUUGAUCAGAAAUUUUUGGCAAUGAAUCAAACCCAGUCAACGCAAUGCUUUCAUCGCGGACACAAUGGCUUGAUGCAUAUUUUAUCAUUCCUCAUAAUAAUCCCGUCUGAUCACUACAGUUAUAGCUGCUAUCUCUGUUUCAUGUGCAUCAUAAAAUGAAACAGAAAAAGCUUUACGAAAAUAAAAUCUUUAUGAAUUUUUUUUUAAAAAACCCUCAUGAGUCCCACCUACACUGGAAAAAAAUUGUGGGAUCUGCUCACAUCCCUCAUGGUUAGCUUACUGCAAUGCAUCGUACAAACAGAUAUCGUAGAAGGUUGGGCCACAGGCUGUAGCUGGUGCAGAACGCAAUAGCCAGGUGGCUUGUGUGAGCAAGGUUAAAAAGGUAAAGGAUCCCUGGACAGUUAAGUCCAGUCAAAGGCAGCUAUGGGGUUGCAGCGCUCAUCUUGCUUUCAGGCCGAGGCAGCUGGCGUUUGUCCACAGACAGCUUUCUGGGUCAUGUGGCUAGCAGGACUAAACCACUUCUGGCGCAAUGGAACACCGUGACGGAAACCAGAACUCACGAAAACACCGUUUGCCUUCCUGCCACAGUGGUACCUAUUUACCUACUAGCGCCGGUGUGCUUUCGAACUGCUAGGUUGGCAGGAGCUGGGGCAGAGCAGCAGGAGCUCACUCCGUCGCACAAAUUCGAACCGCCAACCUUGCCAUCAGCAAGCCCAAGAGGCUCAGUGGUUUAGACCACAGUGCCAUCCACGUCAGGCUUGUGGGAGGAAACUACUGCCAGCAUAGAACAGCCUGCUAGUAGGAUUGGCACUUGCUACCAAUCUGCUACUGGGCUGAGUUCAAGGAGUUUGUACUAACGUGCAAGUCCCUGUUCUGCUCAGUCCCAGAUAUACAGCAGAGAUUCUCCUGCAAGUUCCAAAGAUCUCCAAAGCACACACCCAGAAUGGGGCUUUUAGUGUCACUGUUUGUGUUCUGUGGAAUGGCAUCCCUUUGGGGGGGGGGAAUUGGGACCUUUUUCAGCUGGAUAAAUAAAUUUUAAUAAUGGGUGUCCACUUGUUACGGUUUUAGUCUUAUUUUUAUUUGUUGCCUUUGUGUAUAUAACUGCUUUUUAAAACAUUUUUUAUAUAAAUUGCCUUGAGACGGUGGUUUAGAAGGCAAUCAAUUAUUUUGUAAAAAUAUUUUUAAAAUACUUUUCACAUUUAUGCAUUUCACUUAUUUUACAAUCAUUUUGACAUUUCAAGGUUUGACUUCCUUCCUCCUCUUUCUGUGGUUCGUUAAAUUUAUUUUUAAUAUCUUCUGCAUAUCCAAAUUAACUUAAUUUGCUCAUUUAUUCAUCUUCUUUAAAUAUAUACUGGUAUGAAACUGCAGGUUAUUACAAUAAUCCUACCAAUGUUUUUAUCUGUUUACAAUUUAUCUGUAAAUAUUCAAUAAACCAUUUCCAUUCUUUUAUUUUUAAAAAAUGUUAUCUUGAUUCCUUAUUCUUCUGGUAAGUUUCGCCAUAGAAGGCAACCAUAUUUAAGGCAAUCAAUAAAUUAUUGUUAC